AUGGAUGGUCAAUGCAUAGGCAAAGGAUUACGUCCGAUACAAGUACGUGUUCUUCACUUGGAUGAAACUGUUCAUACUUUUCAAAUUUCGGGUCAUUCAUUAGGGGAAGAAUUAUUUGCAACUGUUGUCGAUCGAUUUAGACUACUUGAAGCUGAUUAUUUUGACCUGGAAUAUGUAAAUGAUGAAGGAAUGAGAUGUUGGUUAGAUCACAAUAAAACUGUGAUGAGACAACAUUCGACAAACCGAGAUUUCAUUUAUCGAUUCAGUGUUAAAUUUUACACACCACAUCCUAAUUUACUCGAAGAAGCCUAUACAAGAUAUUUGUUUGCUUUACAAAUAAAACGCGAUUUGGUUACCGGCACACUACUAUGUAGUGAGAAUACAGCUGCUCUACUUGCUUCAUAUAUUGUACAAGCUGAGAUUGGUGAUUUUAUUCAAGAAGAAUACAGAACAAUAUCUUACUUGAAAUCAUUAAAAUUACUUCAUGAACCAAAUGACGAACGCCUACGACGAGUUAGAGAAUUUCACAAAUCUCACAUUGGAUUAACACCAACAGAAGCAGAUUUCGCGUUAUUGGAUACAGCGAGAAAAAUAGAAUUCUAUGGAGUUCGUUUACAUUUUGCACGUGAUCAUGAAGGUUUAGCACUUAAUCUAGCUGUUACACAUCUUGGUUUAUUAGUGUUUCAAAAUUUAAUAAAAGUCAAUACUUUCUCUUGGGCAAAAAUAAGAAAGCUCAGUUUCAAACGUAAACGAUUUCUUGUCAAACUACAUCCAGAUACUUAUGACACAAUUGAAUUUAUAUUUGAUUCACGUGAUGAAUGCAAACAGUUUUGGAAAAAAUCCAUUGAGCAUCAUACGUUUUUCCGAUGUACUUAUCCUGAUCGUAAAUUACAAAGGCGUUCACGUUUAGCAUCAAGUGGAUCCUCUUUUAGAUAUAUUGGACGUACAGAACAGGAAUUACAGGAAUAUGUUCAAAGAAAUUAUGAGAAACGACCUCCAUUCGAAAGACCGUCAGCCGCUAGACAAAUCAGUUUAGCUAAAACAGCUGUCCCUACAAAUUCUACUAGACGAUUAAAUUCAGCUUCAUUAACAUUACGUUCAAGUUCAGCUGACAGACGUAAUUUCAUGUCAGGUAAUAUGAGUGGUAGUUUAGCGGGAACAUUAGCUAAACAACCUGCACUAAAACGAGCUCAAAGUAUGGGUGUUAACGCAAUAAAUCGGGAUCAACAAGCGGCUGAUGGAGUAUCUACAGAUGUUCAUUUACCAACCACCACACUAGCAACUAGCGGUUAUGCCACAAUGUCUGGAAGUGCUAAUGGUAGCGGUCGAGGUAGUCAUCCAAAAAAUAUGGAAGACCUAGAGGAAUGUGAACCAAACAAAAUACCGUCAGUUUCACAAAAUGAAUCAGGACGAAGGAUGACUGGUGACUGGAGUGGAGAUAAUCAACUUAAGCAUUCAGAUGAAGACAUUUCUAAUCGCGCGUGGAAAUCUGAAGCAGGUUCACCGGGUCAGAGUGCCGUAGCAUCACUUUCUAGACUUAACUUAGAACUAGAUGCCUUUCUGAGUUCUCGAGAUGACCAAAUAUCUUUAUCUGACCAACAAAACCAUGAAGAAUCAGAAGGAACCAUGGAAAAUUCUGACAACAGACAACUGAGUAAGAAAUCUACACAACUGGUUGAUCUACUUCAGGAUGGUUCAAUCAGAGGAUAUUUGUUUUCGUCCUCUCCUUCAUUUGAACAAGGUAGUGAAAGACUACCAGACUUAAGCAGCUUUAAGCCAUCUGAAUAUCAAUCAAAUGAGUACUCUACAUCACGGUCAUUCAAUUUAAUCCAUACAUCCGUUUCCGAUUCAGACAAUCAUCCGAGUUGGUCGCUCUCAGUGGCUUCAAAAAUGCUGUCUAGUCAACCUGAUUCUCUACAGCAUUUUGAAUUCUCACAACCACCUCCUAAACCUAGUCGUACGUUUCAAAGUUUAACAACACGUGAAGAAGAUAGUUUUAAAAUGACUUCUGAAUUUGAAAGAAAUACGAUCAUGGAGCCAUCAUUAGGAGAAAUAAUCCAAUUACAUAUGGAUAGAUCUAACCUUAUAAAUCCAAUGGCAUCAGGUGCAACCCAACUUCUUGAAUCAUCCAGUCAAACGCAAAAUAUUGUUAAUCAUGAUGAUGAUAAUAAUAACAACGUUAUAACAUAUGGAUCAAGUGCUAUAACCGCAAAUCUGCCUACUUCACGAUCAUAUGAAGCUUCAUUCAUUUUACCUACUGUCACACAGCUUGGUUUAGAGAUUAGUUUGGAUAAAGAUUUAUCAUUUUUGCAUACUAGUUCAGUUUUAUCCACUGCAACAAACAAUGUCACUUAUUCUCAACCAUCAGUUACUGAUAAUUUACCAACAAUGGAAACAACAUCAUCUACAUGUGAGAAUAAUAAUACUGCAACAACAAUGACUUUAUCUAUAUUGCCUAAUUUGUCAAUAAAACCACAGACUAUUUCAUCAUCUAUUACUAUACCACCAUUCACUACAUCCAUUUCACUAGCAAAUUCAUCAAUGUCGUCAACAACAACAACAUCAACUACCUAUCCAACAAGUAUUGCAACUUCCAAAGGUUCACAAGGUCUAUUAGUAAGUGAUCAAUUGCUAUCCGCUAAUCAUUCAAUGUUGUACGAUUUUCUACCACAAGAAGAUACGUUUUCAAUUACCUUAAAUGAUAUUUCAAUACUAAGAUCACAUGAAACAAAUGAGAAAACAUCAACAGACAAGCAAUUAUCCAAUUUAGAAAUGGAAUCAAACAGAGUGCAACUUAGUGAUUUUCUACAAACAUUUGGAUUAGCAAGUAGUUCCAAUGAACCUAUUGACUUGAUCAAAUCUGUAGUAAAAUCUAGUGAAAAUGAAACAUAUGGAUGUUUAUUUCUGGAUGAUCUGGGUUCAAAAUCACCAACGUUUUCGGGUACCAGUACAACUCAAGCAGCUGUAUGCACUUCAUCGACAGCUUCUACAACAACUACUACAUCCCCAGAUAAAUCUAAACCACACAUAACUACUACGUUAUCAGAAGAAUCUAAACCACAUGAUUCUUUAUUCUCUCAUUUCAAUGCAAGUUUAUCACGUUUUAGUGUUGGUACGGAACCAAUUCAUAUUACAUCAUUGGAUCAGUGGAGCUCAAGUAGUUCAGAAAGCACUACAGGGGUUAUAAUACGCUCCGAUUUAGCUCCAAACACCUCUACUACAUAUCAUCAUUCUGUUCCGUGCAUUAAUUCUAUUAAUCCUAUGUUACAGCAUUCAUUAACCUGCCCAAAUGCUUCGAAAUCCAUACAUUUGGGACAAGUUAAUAAUUACUUACAACCAUCUGAAGGCGAUAUAAGACCAACUAAUUACAGAACUGAAUACAGACAUAUGAAUAAUUUUAAAAGCCUAACACCACAUAACAAUGUACAAGCUAAGUCCAAGCAUCAUAAACAUCUACAAGGUCACGAACAUGUAUGUUCCCAUGGUCAUCACCUAUCUAAUUCUAUUCCUUCCGGUAUUCAUCUUGCUGAAUUAGAGGAAGUACUUCCGUCAGCAUCACAGCAUAUACACAGUUUUGUUCCUACAGAAAAUGUGAAACGAAUUCAUAGAAAACACAGCGAUGGUAAAAAGUCCGAACAAGUGAGAAAAAGCAAACAUUUACAUCAUUUGCAUGAACAAAUAAAUGAGGAGUCAAGUGGACAUCACAAUUUAAUGUCAUUAAAUGAUUUGGAAAAUGCAGCUGAGAUACUUGAAGAGGUUCCUUAUGUGGUACUUAGACGUCCUCGUUCAGUUGACGUUAAACAGUAUCAGCUUCACUUAGAACAUCAAAGACAACAGGCAGCUGCCUUAGCUGCUGCUGGGGGUUAUCCGUUUCAUCUAUAUCAAACACCAGGUGCUCAUUACCCUUUUACUUCACGACUACCAGUGGGAUCUCAGUUACCGUACGGACCUUAUGUUCAACCACCACCUUUUCAUGGAUUCCGAAGUCUUGAAUGUAGUCAAGGUCAUCACUUAGAUCCAUCUAUUACUUUUGGAUCACAGCGUAAAUCUGAACAGUCCGGUAAACAGUCAGCUCAAAAAUAUUCAUCAGGUCACUCAAAGCAGGUAUCAAAACGAGAUAGUGACUCAUGUAAACGACAUUCCAAGAGAACACAUUCGAGAAGUCGAAAAGACAUAGAACCAUUCGGUACUAAAGAAAAUGAUUAUCCUGUAAAAGGUGACACAAAGUUCAGUCACUAUGACACUAGUGCCAAUCAUACAACUGCAACUAAUUUACCACCACAAACAACAAGUGCACAUUCUCAUCAUCGUCACCAUGACCAUUGUAUGCAUAGACGACUUGAAGCAUUAUCUAGUGGAAAAACAAAUGGUAUAUCUCAAGAUAAAAAAGUAAAAUCUUCAGCAUUAGCUAGUACUGUCACAACCACUAGCACUACUACAAAUGUUAUUAGUAAAGAUCAAAAAUAUCACAAGUCAAAUAUUGACUAUGAUAAUACAAAUCUAGCUAAAGGUAGGACGACCGUAAUAUCAUCUGGAUUAUCAUCAGGAGUAGUGACAGCCACCACAAGUGCAACAGGAGUUGUGACUAAGCAGAAAUCACAACUUUCAGAAUCACAACAACUACAACCGUCAUCAUCUAUACAAGACAAAAAGAAUAAAGUAACAACAUCCUUAAUGACAAAUGAAAGUCAACAAUUAAAGCAAAUUUUAUCACCAGAUGUUCGUGAAGAAAAUGGUGAAAGUGAAAUACCUUAUCCUGUUUCAGUUUCCGCUGUGAAACCUAUGCCUAAAUUGAAGCCGACCUCAAAAUCAACAAGUAAACGUCAAACACAUGAGCACUUACAACAUCCGGUACCUCCACCAUACUGGUAUUACAAUCAAAAUGAAGAACAACCACAGCCACAUCAUUACCAUCAUCAUCAUCCAGCAUGUGCUUCACUUAUUGGUAAGCAUGAAGCGAAAGCGAGGCAGACGAAAGAUCAGCUACAACCAACUAUAUAUGGAUCUGAGUUUUUAGCGACAAACUAUCCUCACAUUUUUACAAAAGUUUUGAAACCAUCUAGUAGUGGCAAAUCUGAACCAAGAGUGACAUCGACAAGGAAGAAGGUUACUUCGAAACCGUCAGUAUUAUCAGGUGAUCAAACAAAGUUGACCGUUUUACACGACUUUAUUGAGAACAAUGAAGAAGGUGAUGAGAAACCUACUAGACAAACCAAGAAGUCCCCGAGCAAAUCACAUCUAGAUGAACGAGGUAGAGGUGAUAUGGAUCCAAAAGAAACUUUUGAAAAACUAAGAGAUGACUUACGAUCUGCUGGAUUCAUUGUGGAUACAAAUCGGCCAUAUUUGAAUACAAGUCAAUCGAACAAUAAUAAACAGUCUACAGAUGCAGAUGCGAAGGAAUCUAAAAUGGCUGGUGAUAAAACUCGCUUACAGAAUAAAGCUAAACCAGCAGAUGUGACAAAUGAUCGAGUAUUAUCUUCUCAUUACAUUACCAGUCCUACUACAACUACUUCAAUUACUGCAGCUGCUACUACUACUACUACUACUACAACUAAUACAGUUACAGAUAAAUCAACGAAAUCUUCUAAUGCAACUGAAGAAGCAAAGUUAACUACUUCCACAGGAAAAGAAGAUAUUUCAAACAUUAUGCCAACAUAUGAUUCGAUAUCAGGUGUACACCCACAAACGUCUAUAUAUUUAGAUUCAGAAUCAGAAGAUGAAAUGAUAACAAAUGUUAAAAGUACAAGUGUUGAAAAAACUAUUGAAGCACCAGACACAAAAGAAACACAAGUUUGUAAGAAACAAGUUCAAGAAUGGAUAGAGAAAAGUCAAGCUGUUCACAUUAAAGAAGGAGUAUCUAAAGAUACAGAUACUCAAUCAAUAGAGAAGGAAGUUAAGCAGUAUACAGAAAUAAACGGAGCAGUUGAUUCAAGUCUUGAACAUAAUGUUGACAUAAAAUCAGAUUUAGCAAAUGAACAAUCCAAAGGCAAUUUAAAUCAACGUUCUCCAAGAUCACACUCACCAUCACUUCCUCUUUCAUGUCAUUCAAUUGAACCAGGUAGUACAGAUUUAUCAUUCAGUUCUAACUUAUCUACUUCAGCAAGUUCAUAUUCUAUGCUUUCUGGUUAUGAUUACACUCCAAGUGUAGGUUGUUCAUGUGAACAUGUUCAUAGACAUGGUUACGACGAUUAUUCUUCAUCCUCUUUCACUUCUUCAUCUUGUGAAUAUCCUCGUCAUAAACAUAGAUCUCAUCAUAGUCGACCAAAUUUCUUUCAUAAACAUCAUGAUUACUAUCGUCAUCAACCAUGUUAUUGUCAUCGUUGUACUUCAAGAUCAAGAGAUGGUCACUACAAACGUCAUGCAUCAGAACAUCGAGAUCAUAGUCAUCAUUUACACAAGCAUUCAGAACGUCAUCGUUCUCUUCAUUCAGAUCAUCAUCGUUAUCAUAGUCAUAGUCAUCAUUCAUCUGGUAAACACUCAUCACUUUAUUAUCCUCACCAUCAUCAUCAUCAACAUCACCGUGAUCGUCAUCAGCAUCAUCAUCAUCAUCAUCAUAAAUCUGGUAAAGAUCACAAACAUUAUCGUUCAGAUGAAUUUAGUGAUGAUAAAUAUGAAUCGACAACUUCAAGCAGUAAAUCCAUAGAGAAAAUUUCAUUGAAUGAAACUGAUCUUCUAAAAUCUGACUUAACCUAUUCACCAUCAUCUAUAAUUUCAACUGAAAAGUUAUCCAAUGUUAAAAAUUCACAAAAAGAACUUUUAUCUAAUUUAAAAUCACAAGAACGUAAAUUAAAACACGAAUUAGCUAAACAACGUGCAUUAACAGAGAAGCUAGUUAAAGUGAAACGUUUAAAUGAAAAAUUAUUAACUAUGGGCAAUGUUAGUUUAUCAAAUCCUAUUUUAAAUGUAACGAAAUCAAAUGAAAAUUAUUUUGUUGAUGAUAAUGCUGCUGAACGUGAAGUUGAUGAUAAUGAUAAUGAUAACACUACUGAAAAUAUUCCCAACAAAGAUAAUAUUAAUGUGAGUCAUUCAAAAAUUACACAUUCAGAGUUAACUAAUGAUAUACUCUUACCAAAAGAACAAAAUGAUGACAAUAAACAUUCACAACAUCGUUUACAUCAUCGUAAAACAUUAUCAAGAUCUGCAUCUCACAAAUUAUCCAAAUCUCGUUCUAGUCAUAGUAGUGCUAGUCGAUCUCGUUUAAGGAAAACAACCAAACAUGAUGAAAAACAAUCAAAUGAAGUUCAAGAAACUAAUCAAGAGUCUAACAUUAAAUCUAAUCAAACAAUAGGAACCGCUAUGAAUAAAGGAGCUACAGAAACAAUGGGCGAUGGAUUAGAUUCAGUAAAUGUGGAGUCAAGCUCAUCUCAUAAACGGAAGGGAAGGAAAGAUGAACAGAACUCAGUGGAUCGAAAACAUCGUUCAAAGCAUGAAACAAGUCAUAAACAUCAUCACAAUCAUCGUCGGCAUAAACAUAGUGGACAUCAUGAAUCAAAUGGAACAACACCCAACAAUGACAAAACUACUAAGGAAUCAAAUGAAAUACCAAAAUCCGAUCAACCGGAAACCAACCAACCAAGUCUAUUAUCUACUGUUGAUAAAGAAGAGGAAUCAAGUGUAACUGAUAAUCUUUUAAUUAUCACUAAUAAAGCAGCAAUUGAUUAUCAAGAUGUGGAUGAACAAUCGCCAACGCAUAAACAAUCUGACAUGAUGAAACUUUCGCCUGCAACAACAGCAACAUCAACUACUGCUACUACACCAACAACUCUAGGCGCCACUCCAACUACACUGAUUACUGAAUCUCAACAACCAGUAGUCCAUGAAUCUACGCAUCCGACAGUUUUACAUUCAUUAGAAUCAAAUGUCGCUAAGUAUAAUUUAGAAGUGAUUAAUGAAAAACAAGAUACUGAUCAAUCAUCCAGUUCACAACAAUUGUCUAAUGAUGAUGAAAAACAAUCAGCUAUUAAACAUCAUCAGAGUUCAAAUAUUUAUGAAAAUCUUAUCCAAUCAGAUAUUAUUUACACAGAAAAAAGUGAUUCAACACAAUUGACUGAUGAUAAAGCAGGUCAACUGCCUCCAAUCCCACCAACAUGUCCACCUCCUGUUGAUUAUACACUUCUACCUGCCAGUGAUCGAACUGAUGAAUCAGCUGAUCUGAUGGUGAAGCAAGCAAUCGAUUUAUUAGAUGAGGUUGUUGCUGAAUCAACACAAAUUGACGAUGUUGAUGAUGAUCAUAGUCAAAAUCGAUUACUUUCUUCAGUAAACAAAUGUCUUGAUUAUAGUUCAUCAGAACAAGUCACGUUUGAUGAUGACCAUGAAUAUGAUGGAACAAGAAUUUCAAAUAUACUAGAAAAUAAUGAAAAUCUCUCUGGUAUCAUAGACACAACUGACAGUACAGCAAUUGAUUUGACACAGAUCAUUAAGGAAUCAAAUAAAGAUGACACAAGUAACAGACCAUGCUCACCAUGUGAAUCUACAACAUCAGCAAGUGAAGGCAGUGAAGAUAUUGAACCAUUUCCUCCUCCACCGUCUGCUGAAGUUUUAGCUGAAGUCAUUGAAGAAGAAGUUGGUCCUAAUACAGAAGUUGUUGAGGAAGAAGAAGAAGACGACGACGACGACGAAGAAGAAGAAAAUGAUGAAGAUGAGGAAGACAGACGAAAGUCAAGUUCUGUUUCUACUGUAAUAGAAGUUUCUUUACCUAUUGCUACAACUGUUUCUACAAUACAAUCAUUUGAUAAUAAUGAACCAAGUGAAAAUAAAUCAGAAUUUUCAAAUGAUGAAGUCAGAAAUGAUGUGUUCACCGUAGAUGAACCAAAUGAUGAUGAUACAACAGUAUCUGAAUCUGAUCAGAAUGUGGAACCUAGUAAUGAUUUAUCCGCUCCAUUAAAUGAAACAGAAGACUUUGAAAAGCCAAUUGCAGAAGAUUCAUCAUUAUCAACAGAUAAACCUGUGGAAGCUACUUCACCACCGGAAUAAAAUUGCUAACAAUUUCACAUUCACAUUGGUAUCUUCUUGCCCUUAUCCCUUAUGUUCUGAAUCCAUGUAAUGGAAGAAAGUAGUCUUGCCACCUCCAAUUAAAAACGUCAACAUAAUAAAAUUUUCCAAUGCAUUCUCUCAUCUUCCCUCAAAUUUAUUUCAGUUUUUUAGAAAAAAAAAUUACAUUAUCUCACCUACAAAAUGAUUUAACAGCAUUCAAUUAUUUCAUUUACAGUCGCUUGAAUUCAAAUUUCAAAAAAUAUAUAUUUGUUUUGCGUAUUCAUUUUAAUUUCUCCAGUAGUUUUAUUUAGUUUUAAAUGAUUUCAGUUAGCUUUCAUUUAUUAGUAUUAUUGCUCAUUACUUUUGUUAUUGGUGCUGCUGUUGUACUACUACUGCUACUACUCGUACAUUUACUUCCAUGACUGAUACAAGUAGUAUUUUUGUAGUUGCUGCAAUUUUCUAACUACUGCUAUCAAUAAUAAUAAUAAUUAUUAUAAUUAUAAUAUUCAUAAUGAAUGAAAAUUAAUUCCAUAUUUUAUAGAUUGAAUUUCAUUUCACUGUUUUCAUUGUUGAUUUUUCAUUUUUGAUUUGUGAUUCAUUUCUGUGUCGAUUCCGUGUAUUUUGUGUUGUAAACUGUG